AUAUUUCGAGAUAAAUUAGAAGAAAGUUUAGUGCCACGAUCAUUAUUUAAAAUUAGUGGCGCCGCUAUACGGGACUAGCAGUUUAUAGUAGUUGCGAUAAACAGAAAUCAGAUCUGCUUUGUUCAAAUAGAAUUCCUUACACAGAUAAAGCACGUGCUAAAGGAAAAACUAAUUGGGACCUAAACAAAUAGAAGAAAUAGACGUGGUGUCGAAUAAUUCAAUAAUUUGUAAUAUUAUACAACGUGGCUUAUCUAUUGUAUUUUGUUAAAUAUCACAAAGUGUUUAUACUAAAUUUGAACUUGUGUGAUCCAGGAUGAAUAUCGAUUCGUAUUGCAAGGAAGGAAAAAAUGGGAAUUUUUGUAUUCUCUUUCGCAACACAAGUGCGUUAUCCGUUGAUCAAAUUCACAAAAUAUUUUCAGAGUUUGGUAACGUACUAAGUGUUAACUGUGCUGGUAACGAACGAGGAAUGCGUUUUGUCUCCUAUAAAAGUAAAAUAGAAGCAAUAAAUUCCAUAAUGAGUCUGAAAGGACACGAGAGUAUUAACUUAACACCAUGGAUGAAUAAGGAGGAAAAAGAUCUAAAGUCACAGAAUAAAUAUAAAGGUCAGCAAUCUCGAUUGACAAGAGUUGAUGAUCAUGAACUUAAUUUUAAACAAAGCAAAAGUGAUGGAACGAUUUCUAGUACGAAUUCUAAUAGUAUGCUUUGCGAUGAAACAGAAUCUACUGGUGAAAGAAGUAAUGGUUCCAAUAAUUCUGAUAACUUUAUUCAGUCAAAAAAUAAUAAAUCUAUAUCUAAUAGUUUACCUCGAUCUACGCAUAAGGAUAUUCAAAGUGAAAAUCAAGGGAAAGAAGGCAUAGAAAUCGAAAAGUGUGGUAAUAAUAAUCGUAUUAAAAGUAUUCAUAAGAUAGCGAAUUGUUUGUCUUAUCAAGGUACUACAGAUAAGGAGCAGCUCAUUAAAGAAAGUGGAGCAACUAAGGAUAACUUGCAUGGAUCUGCUGGCAACAGGAAUUCAAUGAUGGAAUCUGAAAAAUUGAACGACGAUAUACCAGAUCUUAUUACUUCCAAAGAAGUGAUGCAGAAUGUAAAUGAUUAUAAUGCAUAUUCAAAUAAUUAUGCGUCGACGCUAAAGAAAAUUAAGAUUGUCCAAGCUGGAGAAGUAAUUGUGGCCAAUAUAUCAAAGCCAUUUGGGGCUGCCUACAUUUUGCAUCUUUUUGAAAGCUACCAACCAAUAUGUAUAUCAAGCAUAAUGACGACAACUCAAUCAAUACGAUAUUGUCAUGUAUAUUUUCAAACUCCGCUAGAAGCCCACAAAGUUGAGAAGAAGUUUGAUAAAUUUCCACUCCAUGACAACAAUCUUAUUGUGUUAAGACCAGAAAAGCUUGCAUCUGAAAUUCAACUUUUAUGAUCUAAUGUAGCUUUAGAUAUAUCGUAAAGCUGAUAGAAAUAUCAAAUGACGUGCCAAAGUACAUGGUUUCUGUUUUACAAUUUAGGGUUCGUUCCGAAAUAUACUGACUGACAGUACUGUAACCAACGCUGUGUCUUUAUUCAUCUAUACGCAUCUAAGAGAGAUAUAAUUACUUUUACAGUACUGUCAGUACAUUUUAAUUUGUUAGCAUUUACGCAUAUGUUAAUUUUAUAAACUAAAUAUGAUUUAUCCUAAAGCUAAAAUAGAUCCCAACAAAAUAUCACUCUUAUUUUAUUGUCUGUAAGACUAAUACGACUAUAUAAUAUUACUAUUAAAACUAUACUUAGCAUUGAGUUCAUUAUAAUUGAACAGACUGUUUUAAACAAGAGACAAACUCAAUGGUGCAUCUGUGUAUGGAUAAAUUUAAUAAAAUUUAUUUUUUUCUAAA